CAUGCCGCCGGCAGCUCCGGGACCGUGGACGCAGGGGCUCAGGCGCCAGGCGGCGGGGGCCGCCGUGGCCCGGGCGCCCGCAUGGCCCUGGCGCUGACCCUCGGGAAGGGCCCGGCCGGGCGCCGCCGCCAGUCCCGCGCCGAGUGGGAAGCCGCCGCCGCCGCCGCCGCCGCCGCCGCCGCCGCCGCCGCGCUCUGGGGCGCUUGCUCGCUUCCACUUCCUGUAUCGGAGCGAGCGGGGCUUUCAGGAAGAGGCUGGCCUUGGUGGUCAACGGGUUUUUGUCAGAAGCCUGGCGGCGGCGGCGGGCGGCCCGGAGCCCCCCUGGGGCACACGGAAGCCCGGCGGCCGCGAGCCCCCGCCCCCCCCCCCCCCCCCAGCCCCGGGACCGGGCCUGGCGGCGUCCAGCGGCGUGGAGCCGCCUCCUCGCGCUGGGGCUGCGGCCCGGGCGGCUCCCGAGCGCCGGGAGGGAAACUGAGGGAGAAGUCUCCCACAGGGCGAGGCGUCGCGUGGGAAGGAAGGCGCUCCCGGCUCCAGCCCGCUCGGCCGCCGACCGGCAGGUAAGGAAACUGAGCCGUAAAGAGAGGACGAGACUCGCCCGAGGCCACACCGCAAGCUGGGCGCAGACAGGACUGAGGCCCAGGGUUCUGGGUACAAGCAUCAAGAAAAUUCUUUGCCUUCCAUGCCUCUGCCCUGCUGCUCCCCUCAUGCCCCCCUCCCCACCUUUCCUGACAUUUCCACCAACUCAGCCUGGCAGAAAUUAGAGAAGAAAGAAUCUCUAUGCAGGAAACUCCCAGCCUCCUGGUGGGAACUUAAGAUGGUGCAGCCACUUUGGAAAUCCGUCUGGCAGUUCUUCAAAAGGUGAAACCUGGAGUUACCAUAUGAUACAGCAGUUCCACGGAAACAAACACAUGUGUUCUCACGGAAGCUCGUGCGUGAAUGUUCGUGGCAGUAUUGUUCAUGGCAGUGAAAAAGUGGAAACAGUCCAACCGCCCAUCAGCUGAUGAAUGGGUAAAACAAAACAUGGUCUAUCCCUGCCAUGGCAUAUUAGUAGGCCGUAAAAAGGAAUUCAGUACUGAUACGUGGAUGAACCUGGCAAAGAUUCUCCCUAGAAGAAGCCAGUUCCAGAGUACUGAGUAAGGAGAGGGUUAAGGUGUAGGGGCUAUGGGACCAGGCUCACAGAAACCCCAAAUGUGGGGAAAUGCUGAGGCAGACAAAACCAGAGAUAAAGGGAACAAACCAGACCACCUGGCCCUGGAUGUUAGGGAGUAUAUUUUGGGGCAGCUACAUUGUAAUCACAGAAAAUGACCAGACCUCUGAGCAGUGAGCCAUUAAGGAUGUUAUCAAUAGUCUUUGCUCAACCCAAGAUGGCACCAGAAUCUCAAGGCCAUAAGCUUCCUGGUCAGUUCUCAUCAGAAGACUGCCAGGAAAAGCCCCCAGGGGCAACCCAUUCGGGACCCCUCUCACUCUAGAGAGCUUUUUUCUUUCCUUUCUGUUCUCACCAUCACCUAAUAAACUUUCACUUCACUUCA